ACACACCUCUCCAAACAGGCAGGAUGCAGAGCCACCCCCUCUGAGACAAGACUGCAGCAUUACCACCACUAUUAAUUUUCGUCACUAGUUAUCAGUCUGAUGAUUUGCAUUGAAGGUGAGGAAUUGAGAGUGCGAUUUCAUGCCUCUCACCAGCAACAGUGGAAGGGGUACAUCCAAUCUGUAAGGAAAAUGGAUUGGUCUUCUGCACCAUCCUCUUCUCCGGAAUAUUCCAAGAGGAGUCCACGUCCUCAGAGCUCCGCAGAAUUACGGGCACAUCGAAACCGAACCUUUAAGAGAGAGGAAGAGAGAAUGGUGUCAACCGCACUAUGACUGCAAGAUCUGCCAUCAGCAAGGAGAUAUUUGCUCCACGGGAUGAGAGGAUGCUUGCUCUCGCGGAGGUCAAGAGGCGAACAAAGAAAAAGAUUCCCUUUCUGGCAACUGGUGGUGUGGGAGACUACAGUACCUUCAUAUGCUUGUCAGUGACCAAUCAGAGGCCCCAACAACUUUACAUUACCAAGGUAAAGCAGUUUGAAGGCUCCUCCUUUGAAAAGAGGUCUCAAUGGAAGGUGGAACAGCUGCGGCAGGUCAACGGCAUCGACCCUAAACGAGACUGUCCGGAGUUUGACCUGGUGUUUGACGGCGGCUCAGACCAGUGGCAGGCAUUGUCGUCUUUAGAGAAGAGCAUAUUCAUUCAGAUCCUCCAUCACUACUGUCAGAGACACUGCACCACCCACAAACCCGUCUUCAUCAACUGCCCGUCUAAACUGAUGGGAGGUACCAAAGCAGUGCAGUCAGUGGCAGAUGACUUGGGCAGCACGGUGCAGAAGGCCAGCCAGGCGCUGAGGAAGCGCGGGGACCGCCUUGCACGGACAGAUGAGGUGACCGAAGACAUGAUGAACAGUGCCCAGCAGUUCGCUGACGCUGCACAUCAGCUUGCCAUGAAAUACAAGAACUAAAGAGAUGACUCCUAGAUCUGCUGGACCAUUCUGGGACCUGUUACAGAUUUUAAUACCUUUUAAAAAUAUAUCUUUUUUCUUAAUCCAAAUAAUAAUUAUCCUAUAAUAACUUGGCUGAGAUCAGUCUCCUCAAAGCUCUUGCUUCAGCCAUCGAUCAGAACUCACCUUAACACCUCACACCACAGGACGGUGAGCUAUUACAGGGCCCAUUGGUUUAUUACAGAUCCCAGUGCCUUGACAUCUUCACGUUAGUUUGUCUCUUUAUGAGUGUUUUCCAAGUCCAGAUCUCCAUUGGCAGGCACUGGUUGCGAAAAUCGGGAGGGAAGAUGCUUUAAUUUUUCACGUUUCUCUGGCCUAGCUGAACGCUUCUCUGACUAAUCAGGAGGGAAGAAAUGACAGAAACUGGCUGUUCCCUCCUGUUGCUCAAAGAGCCUGAGCAUUUAUGUCCCAGAAAAAAUUCAGUGUUAGCACUAACAGUGUUUGGGAGAGGGCUGUGGACGUGCUGCCUUGGGGUUUCUUGAAGAACAGCCAGAAUCAUGCUGUGUAAUCAGUCAUGAAAAUAGCCAUCAAGUGUACAUAUGAUUUCAGUAAACUAACUGAAAUACUCUAAUCAGGCCUAAUGAAGAUCUGGCAGUCAGGGCACUGUGUGUAGCUCCCUCUGAGCGACGAAAAAAACGGUGGCCAUUUCUACUUCUUUUGCGGCAAUGUGGAGCCUGCCAGUAAAUUCCAUUAGUUAUAGGCUUAAUUGGCAUGUCUGCAUUUGGUCAGUUCUAGGCUGUUUACACAGGUUACAAUGGCAGUACAAAAGGGUUGGUUUUCCCACGUUGGUUAGGUAUUUGACCUUAAGUAAUGGUUGGUUUGACCGGCUUCGUCACGUAUUUGUUUUGCGGUUUAAAUUAAGGUUGUAUUAAGUCUUUUCUUUUGAACUCACCAUGUUAAAUAUGUAAAUUGGCUCAAAAUUUCCUGUGGUUAACACUUAUUUAGAUUUUCACUGUUCACUUUCCAUCUGCAGUUGUAACUGAGUUAUAAAUAACACCACAAAUUAAUGUAACUGUAAGAUGAUUUUAUCAAGGGUAUCUACAGGGGCGGCCUGUAGCAUAGUGGUUAAGGUAAAUGACUGGGAUACGCAAGGUCGGUGGUUCUAAUCUCGGUGUAGCCACAAUAAGAUCCGUGCAGCCGUUGAGCAAGGCCCUUAACCCUGCAUUCCAGGGGAGGAUUGUCUCCUGCUUAGUCUAAUCAACUGUGCGUCGCUCUGGAUAAGUGUGUCUGCCAAAUGCCAAUAAUGUAAUGUAAUGUAAUGUAAUCUUCAGUUGUAUGUAAAUGGUUAUACAGUGCCCUCUGCUGGCUUUGUGACAGAUGAUCUGUGCGUAGACUACUACAGUAGCUUUGCGCCAUGUGCCAUUGCAAUAGAAGGUACGGAUCUGGCAUGUGCUCGUUAAAAUCUUAUGUUUGAUGUGAAAUACUUUGCCUAAUGAUGAAAAUGUCAAUGCAUUAUAACCAUUAAUGAAGCUGGAACGUAGUCUGAUGAUGUAUUGUUCAAAGUAAGUGAUAUUUUGAUGUUUAUGCCAUGCUUUGCAUAACUAGCUAACGUUAGCCGCUAGUAUAUGAAAUGGUGAAUACAAUGCUAUAGGCUAUCUAUGGAAGUUCACGCUAUCUAUGGUAAAAUUUUCUACUUUAAAAGUAAAAUUGCUUUUUACUUCAUAUCAUUCAGAGAGAAUACACACAGAUCCCCUGUGACAUGGACACAUGCUAUUUCGUCUGUCCAGGUAGCACAAUACCAGUUCUCCGAAAUAUUAGCCAAGAAUGUGGUUCAUAGCCUAGCUAAUGCCAUGCCCGCAGAGUUAUUUUACGCUAGAAUUGUUGGAAUUACUUUUUGUACCAAACAUUCUAUGAAAAUAAGAAAAUGCUUUCCCAGAUAUAAUUCUAUUCUGUCUGUCAUUGUAUUCUAUUUGUCAUUGAAAUGUAUAUGAUCCCAAACUGUUUUGGAAUUUCGAAUUUUUGUGAUUAAGCGGCUAACGCAAAUUUGUUGGUUUGUCAUUCGGCAAUAUUAUGACACAAACACUAGCAAAAAUACAGUUUUGUGCCAAUUGGUCAAUUUUUGUUGAAGCAUUUUGUGUCAUUCAAAAAAGCAAGUUGACAAAAUUCAAUAUGC